CCUUCUCCCUUCUUUCUCCUCACAGUCGCAGCAUGGAUCCUCUACACAACUUUAUUCCCACGUUACAGUGUUAGUUCUGUCUUGUGUCGGCGUUAACGCUGCUCGCCCGGAUCCCCAGCCUCCUCCACCGCCAUGUUCACCACCACGGGGUCCCGGGGCCUGUACAAGGCUCCUCUGUCCAAAGGCCUCCUGCUCGUCCUCAAUGGGCUGACUGUGAUGCUGACUCUGCUGCCACAGUACCAGGAGCUGUUCGUGUACAACCUGCAGGCUGUCACACUGCACCACCAGGUGUGGAGGCUGCUGUGUGGCAGGCUGGUCUGUCUGGAUGUGAAGGACUCAUUUUGCAGCAGUCUGCUCAUUUAUAACUUUCGGAUCUUCGAGCGGAGGUUUGGCAGCAGGAAGUUUGCUUCCUUCCUGCUGGGCACGUGGUGUCUCUCUGCUCUGAUGGACUUCCUGUUGGCCCAGGCGUUCCAGAACCUGUUUGACUAUGAGGUGGAGGAACUGCCCUCAGGACUGCUCGCUCCGGUCUUUUCUCUCUUUGUGCCUUUCUACCUGUCGAUCCCCCGCAUGCCAGUCACCCAGGUCCUGGGCCACAUCCACAUCACCAACAAGUCUCUGGUGUACGUCGUCGGCCUGCAGCUGUUAACUUCCAGCCCGUUCAUGUGGCUCCUCGCACUCAGCGGACUGAUCUCAGGCGGACUCUACCACUCGGAUUUUCUGCGGUUACAAAAGAUCCUCUUUGUUCCCUCCUGGGUGUCUCGCGCUGGAAGGUUUAUCCUGGAGCCGCUCUUCUCAAGUUCCCAACCUACCAAUGAGACGCCUUUAGGAAUGGGGGCCACUCUGGACAUUCAGAGACAGCAAAGGAUGGACAUACUGGACCAACAGUUCCUUCUCGCCCAGUAUAACGAGGCCAGGAGGAACGCCAGACGGAACGCCAGACAUCAGCCACAGUCUGGGUUGUUGCAGUGGACCAGGUUGUUCCCCUCCCUGAGACACAGGGGGCAGAACAGACCCCCGAUGCAGCCUCACCCGCAGGCUCACACACACCAAUCCACACAGCAGCCAUUGCUGGACAACUCUCCUGUCGCAGAGGAACAAGUUGCACGAUUAGUGGAAAUGGGUUUCUCCAGGACCGAUGCCCUGGAGGCCCUCAGAGCUUCAAACAACGACAUUAAUAUGGCAACCAACUUCCUCUUGCAGCACUGAGUUGAAAGAGCUCAGUUGUGGUGGUGGAGACGGGGGGAGCUGCAUGACGACAGAAAGAGAAAGCGAGAAAAGAAGCAACCAAAGCGAAAAAAGAAAAAAAAGUGAGAGAAAGGAGCGGAAAACACAGAGAAUCAAAGCAUCCGGGCGAACAGGAGCGAAGACAAAUGUGAUUUGUACAGAUAAUCAGACGGCAGUGUCGCUGCUCCCCGGAGCAGUCGGGCUGACUCGUCCCAAGCGGAGCCUGAUGGCAGGCUGAUUAACGGGGAGGUGUGAAGCACAAGGUGGAAGACGUUUGCGUCAGAGCUUUCUCGUGGCCGUCAUCGUGUGAAGCGGGCACUCGAGGCAGAUGAUGAGUUAGAGCUUUUAACUCCAAGGGGUGCCUGAUUUAAAAAAAAAAAAAAAAAGAAAACAAAAAAAGAACCCUGAAACCCAACAGGCCUGAGCUUUUCUUCAUAGCUCAUCUUGAAGAUGCUAAUCAAUACUGCAGUGAAGUAAUGACUGCCGCUACACACGGACCUCCAAACGCCCAUGUCAGAUAUCGAUUUGUUUCCCGAUGUUAUGUACUGCCACUUCAAAUGUAAUCACUCUGGAAGGCUGGACCCCGGAAUUUGUUUUAAAAAAAAUUGAGCAGAUUGUGCUCAAGAAUU